GUGACGUGUAAAUUUUUCACAAAAUAUCUCAAAAAUAUAUCUGUAGUUCUUCAAUCAUUUGCAACAUUUAAUUAAACCACAUCUUAAAAAAAAAGUAAUUCCAGCAAUGGGUUCUUUCCGCCGUGAUAAAGAUGAUGAAGAUGAAGGCAUCACCAACAUCUACCAAAAUUUGGAGAAAACAUCGGUUUUGCAGGAGACACGCACUUUCAAUGACACACCAGUUAACCCACGAAAAUGCAUCCAAAUUCUUACCAAAAUUCUAUACUUGAUCAAUCAGGGCGAACAAUUAGUAGCUCGUGAAGCCACGGAUUGUUUCUUUGCCAUGACGAAAUUAUUCCAAUCGAAAGAUGUCGUCCUUCGACGGAUGGUCUAUUUGGGAAUUAAGGAGCUUAGCUCCAUUGCUGAAGAUGUUAUAAUUGUAACAAGUUCCUUAACCAAGGAUAUGACUGGCAAGGAGGACUUAUACCGUCCAGCCGCUAUACGUGCACUUUGCAGCAUAACAGAUAAUACAAUGUUGCAAGCUGUUGAACGUUAUAUGAAACAAUGCAUCGUGGAUAAGAACUCUGCCGUAUCGUGCGCCGCGCUUGUAAGUUCUUUGCGUUUAGCAAGCACCGCCGGCGAUGUAGUAAAACGCUGGGCAAAUGAAGCACAAGAAGCACUUAAUAGCGACAACAUUAUGGUGCAAUAUCAUGCAUUGGGCUUACUCUAUCACAUUCGUAAAUCCGAUCGUUUGGCUGUGUCCAAAUUGGUGAACAAAUUGACACGUAGUUCAAUGAAGAGCCCAUAUGCAGUUUGCAUGCUCAUUCGCAUCGCUUGUAAGCUUAUUGAGGAAGAAGAUAUCUCAACGGAAGACAUGCCUAAUUCGCCAAUGUUCACUUUUAUUGAAUCAUGUCUACGGCACAAGAGUGAAAUGGUCAUCUAUGAAGCUGCGCAUGCCAUUGUAAACUUAAAGAACACUAAUGCACGUGUACUUUCGCCAGCAUUUUCAAUUUUGCAACUAUUCUGCAGCUCACAAAAAGCCACUUUGCGAUUUGCGGCUGUACGCACGCUCAACAAAGUUGCAAUGACACACCCAGCUGCAGUCACCACUUGCAAUUUGGACUUGGAAGGUCUUAUAACCGAUACAAAUCGUUCCGUUGCCACGCUGGCUAUUACCACUUUGUUAAAGACCGGCGCUGAAUCGUCCGUAGAACGUUUAAUGAAACAAAUUUCCUCCUUCGUGGCUGAAAUUUCAGAUGAAUUUAAAGUGGUCGUUGUCCAAGCGAUUUGCGCACUCUGCUCCAAAUACCCACGCAAACAUACUGUUUUGAUGAAUUUCCUUAGUGGCAUGCUGCGUGAAGAAGGCGGUCUAGAAUACAAAACUUCAAUUGUGGACACCAUUAUAACGAUUAUUGAGGAAAAUGCUGAAGCAAAGGAGUCCGGUCUUUCUCAUCUUUGUGAAUUUAUUGAAGAUUGUGAACACGUAUCGCUAGCAGUGCGCAUUCUGCACCUACUAGGCAAGGAGGGGCCUUUCGCUAAUACACCAUCUAAAUACAUACGCUUCAUAUACAAUCGCGUUAUAUUGGAAAGUCCCAUUGUGCGCGCCGCGGCUGUUACAGCACUGGCGCAAUUUGGUGCCUCCUGCCCGGCACUAAUAAAUAAUAUUUUGGUAUUGCUAAGUCGCUGUCAAAUGGAUCCCGAUGAUGAAGUACGCGAUCGUGCUACUUAUUAUUUGCACAUUUUGCAAUCCAACAAACCGGAACUCUACAAGCACUACAUUAUUGAACGUGAGACAUGCUCACUGACGUUGUUGGAAAAGGCAUUAACAGAGCAUUUGAAUGGCGAUUUGUCCACUAGUUUCGAUAUAUCAAUUGUACCCAAAACUGCUAUUGUCAAGGAGGAAGUUGCCAACGAGGCUAUGCUCAUUUCUAAUAGUAAGUAUUUCAAUAUUGCUCCAAUCCCGUUAUUUCAACGGAUAUGUUAUUCAUAUUUAGCACCGCGUGCUCCCAAAAUCACACGUGAGGAAGAAAGUGCUGCACGUCUGUCACAAUUACCGGGUAUACAAGUUCUAGGACCAAUUCAUCGUACAACAACCCCAAUUCAACUUACUGAGAGUGAAACAGAAUACACCGUACAAUGCAUUAAACACAUAUUCGCCAAUCACAUCGUAUUUCAGUUUGAUUGUCUCAACACUUUGCCCGAUCAAAUAUUAGAAAAUGUGCGGGUAGAGUUAACCAUACCAGAAGGAUUUACCACACGCGCCGUUAUUCCAUGUCCCAAAUUGCCUUACAAUGAGUUGCAAACGACGUUUGUUAUUGUCGAAUUCCCACCCGACAUUGCCAGCUCGGCAGCAACAUUUGGCGCCACAUUGCGUUUUGUGGUGAAGGACUGCGAUCCGAAUACGGGCGAACCAGAUUCAGACAAUGGCUACGAAGAGGAGUAUAUGCUAGAGGACUUAGAAAUCACAGUUGCUGAUCAAAUUCAGAAGACGAAAAAGAGCAAUUUCCAAGCAGUUUGGGAUGCCGCAGAUACCGAAGAGUGGGUUGAAGCUGAGGAUACGUAUUCGCUGUCCGCCGUGAGUACAUUGCAGGACGCUGUAAAUACUAUUUUGAAAUUCCUCGGAUUGGGCGCGGCCAACUUAUCUGAGAAAGUGGCUGAGGGAACGCAUACACAUACCUUAAUUUGUUCAGGCACAUUUAGAGGUGGCGCAGAAAUAUUGGUGCGAUCGAAACUUGCGCUAUCGGAUGGCGUUACAAUGCAGCUAACUGUGCGUACCACCGAUCCAGAUGUUGCCGAGCUCGUCACAUCUGCCAUCGGAUAGGAUUAAGCCAAUUAGUUGUUUGUGCAUCUUAAAGCGAAUAGAAAUGUUAUUAAGUUGGUUAAGUUUAAAAUGAGAAUACCGCUAAUGCCAUUCGACAAAUUUGGGAAAAACAUUUGCCAAGUUGCAUUUUAUUUUGCCACCAACAGCUUCUAACUCUUCAAAUUAUGUGAUACAACUAUACUAUGUUGAAAAAAAUUGUAGUGAACAGUUUGAUUUGCAAGUGGAAAGAAGCAUAAUAUGCAACUAAGUGGGCCAAAAUAAAAAUGGAAAAAAGUAUGGUAGAACACAAAAAUAUAGUUAUUAAUUUCGUACUGUCGGUAGAUGAGCUAAAAAGCUUCAAAAAAAGCGGUUCAUGUUAAAAGCAUAAUUUAUGCAAAUUUUUAAUAUUUUUUUUAAAUAUAUAAUAAUAAAUGAAUUAUUAAAGUACAUA